UUCAGUCACUAAACAGGUACCGCGAUGGAAGUGCUUUCGCUGGUUGGAAUCUAUGCGCUUUUGAUGUGGAGCUACGACACUUUUAAAUCGCUUUUCGAGCUCUGCUGGAACCUAUGGAAGGAACGCACCGAAGGGGUUGACUACGUGCUUCGAUAUGGAAAAUGGGCCGUUGUCACUGGUGGAUCGGAUGGAAUUGGUCGCCAAUAUUCAACUUUCUUCGCAAGCCAAGGGCUGAACGUUGCAGUGCUGGCUUUACCGGAUAUUAAGCUGGAGCAGGUUACGAAGGAAAUUCAGGAGAAGUACGGCGUCGAGGUUAGAAAAAUUGCUGUGGAUUUUUCGAAAGGAUUUCAAAUGUACAGCUUCAUCGAAGAAAAUCUUGCUGAUAUGGAGAUAGGAAUCCUUGUCAACAACGUCGGCACGGCUCAUGAUCCGGCAUACAUCGACACAAUCGACUGCGAAUCCCAUGAGCGUUUGGUCAAUGUCAACAUCAACGGAGCCGUCAUGAUGAGCCGAAUUGUGCUGCCGCAGAUGAAACGGCGCCACCGUGGAUUGGUCAUCAACAUCUCUUCCGGCCUCGCAUUUUUUCCUGUACCCGCCGUGUUGAUGUACGCAGCUUCGAAGGCGUUCAUGCUGAGCUUCAGCCAGGCGCUGCAUGAGGAGUUGCGCCCCUUUGGAGUCGAAUGCCAAACCGUUACUCCGUGCUACGUGAAAACGGUCUUAUCGAAAGAUGUGACGAGGACUUUUUUGGCGUUUACUGGCGUGGAUGUGGAUAAUUAUGGGAAAUUUCUAACGAAAACGAUCGGUAGAGUGGCUUGCACGGCGGGCUAUUGGGUACAUUCAAUUAUGAUAACUUUUGGAAAACUAUUUCCUUCGGAUGUUUUGUGCAGGCUCUCUCAUUCAUGUACGCGAUCGUCAUUUCCAGAAAUAAUUUAACAAUACAUUUCCAGCUGAUGAGUGUUUAUUGAAUAAUGAAUAAAACA